AUGCCCGGCCUGGCGGGGGGACCCCCGGCUGCUCCCCCUUCCCUGCACUUCGCCACCCCCACGCGCCGGCGCCACCGCACCAGCUUCACCCAGGAGCAGCUGAAGCAGUUGGAGGCCGCCUUCGUCAAGAACCAUUAUCCGGACAUCUACGUCCGCGAGGAGCUGGCCCGGGCCACGCGGCUCAACGAGGCCAGGAUCCAGGUGUGGUUCCAGAACCGCCGGGCCAAGCAGCGGAAGCAGGAACGGGCCCUGCUGAAGCCCAGCCCUCCAAGGGGCCUCUCGGUCGGGCCGGUACCCGCUCCCCCACCCCGGCAGUACCAGUACACCCCGACCCUGGCCCCCCACCACCACCACCACCAUCUCCCCCGCUUCCCUGUCUCCUACCCCCCUGGGCUCCCGCCUCCCCCUGGCCAGUUCCCGUACCCCAACCCCCCGCCAUCCCCCCGUGCCCCCGAGGACUGGUACAGCUCCCUGCGCACUAUGACCUCCCCCCCUGCUCCCCCACCCCCUGUCAUCUCCCUCAGCCUGGACCCAGCCGCCCACUGGAACUGA